CUUAACAAGUAUAUAUAGCCCUUCCACCCCAAACACCUAAAUCACCAAUUGCAUUAACAACUUAUUUAUUCAGCUACUACUUUUCUCCUACCUCAGGCACUUUAUUUCCGAGGAGUUUAUCAGGGAUCAAAAUGAGCUGGACAGGAGGAGAUUGGAUGUGUGCAGCUUGCCAACACCAGAAUUUCAAAAAGAGAGAAGCAUGCCAACGCUGUGCUUAUCCAAAAUAUGGCGGCCCCGAUGUAUCGACCUACCUUAUGUACAACAAGAGCGAUGUUUUGGCCGGAGACUGGUAUUGCGCUGCCAUGAACUGUGGAGCUCACAAUUAUGCUAGCCGAGUAAACUGCUAUCGAUGUGGUACCAUGAAAAAUGACUAUGGUGGUUAUGGUUUGAUGGGGUCUGAAAGCAGUGCCCCUCCUGGGUGGAAAGCUGGUGACUGGAUGUGCACCAGAUAUGGGUGUGGAGUUCACAAUUAUGCUAGCAGGAUCGAAUGCUUCAAAUGCAAGACACCAAGGGAUUUUGGUGGUGUUUAGGAAUUUAGGAAGAAUAUUGUACUGAGCAAUGCCACUAAUUUCCCUUCACCUCUGAUCCUUCUAUCAUCAGUUUUUCUCGUUUUGUUUUGGAAUCAAAUAAUAUUUAGGUUAACCAAAAGUGAAGGCCUUGUUUUCCAAGAACAGCCAUAUGUAAACUGCACUGAUCAGCAGAAGAGGUUUCUGGGUUUAUGGACAUGAAGCUUUGAUAUCUCUUCCUGUAAUUUUUAUUUUGCAAAAUUUUAAUGGAGAUACUAUCCUUCUUUCACUCUGGGUUUGUAUGAACGUGGGGAAACAUCCAUUAUUGAAUACUACAU